AUGGACGACGUCGACGACUCAAGUCUACCAUCUCCCUCGGGGCCCGUCCAUUCUACACAAGAGCGCGUUUUCAGGAUGCGGAGGCCCAGCGGCAAAGCCCGCCCUGGGGGCUCGAACUUGGAAUACGGGUCACCAGCUACCCUGGCCCAAUUCUCCUUUGCUCCAGCCACGCAAACUACCGUGGUGACGACAACCACAACCACAACCACUCGGUUCCCUCCCUUGAUCAUGCGGCCACCAAAUCGUAACCAUCAGCUCGACCCCAAGCUGUUCCCUUUGGCCGCCACCCCGACCCCGGAUCGACUAAAGAAUAUUUCCUUUCGAGUUGGAGACAAGCCCACAAUCUUCCGCGAGGCUGCGGAUGCGUCUAUUGCACUCGAGCAAUUGCAAGAGGAGCAGAAGGUCCUGGCUGAAAAGAACGGCACUGUCCAAACGGUGCAGAACCAUGGGCCAUGGGAUCAAACCGACCCCCAAUUAGCUUCUCAUCCACUUGCCGUUCCCCGUGAGGAUCAUUCGGCUCGCCUUGCUUCUCCCGACUCUUUCACGGAAAACGACAUGCAGUUGUCGGGCAUGGAUGCGCUAUCCACCCAUCGUACCAAGAGAAGACGGGUAUCAGCUAAUGCAACAAGCAGCAGAGCCCGGCCAUCCUUACAAUCACAUCCCAGAAUACGAGGUAUGCGUUCUGCAAACCCAAUCACCCCGGAGAGUCAGCCUCGACAGCAUCGGGACCUGCGAAGAUCGACUCGGUCUAAUGCUCGGCCCUCGCAUCCGGGCGACGCACCUCUACCAUCCCCUGGUCUAGAGCAACGUGAAUCUUUCGAAGAAACGUCGACCGCUCCUGCAGCUACAACGCUGGACGACCAGAAUGAUGAAGAGUCGGAUUCUCCCGCCCAAAGAACCAGUCAUCGGGGCAUGUCCCACGAUACCGCAGUCCCUACGCCACCAGUUGAGACAGACACGAUAGAUGGCUCGGGACGACCACUGAGUCGAAGAGCGCUCUCGUCGAUACCAGCACGACUGCAUGUUGCUGAAAGCCCUUCGGGCGUGGACGGCAGCUUACCCAGCCCAAGUUUAUCCCCUGUCACCGCGGCUGCUAACCUCCAAAAUACUGGUUACUUUGCCGAUAUUGAUUCCGCCUCGGAAUUCGCGUCUCAGUACGAAGUACCUGGUGAUGAGGAAGUCGACCCGACGCCCACUAAAUCGCUCUCCCGGCCCAUGUCCGCAGCUGGGCCAAACGCCAACGGCAGUUUAUCCAGGUUUUCUGAUUUCUCGAUCACGGAGAUUCCAGCCAUGCUUGAUUUCUUUGAGGCUAUCCCUGACGAGCUCAAGGGCUACGUAAUGCACCAGCUGUUGAGACGCUGUCCUAAAGAGACACUACAUGUGGUAGCCGAUGUUGUCAAUCCUGCCCUCAAGUGUGACUUUUUGGCGCUGCUACCUGCCGAAUUAGCAUGCAACAUAGUUCGGUACCUAGAUCUGAAGAGCUUGUGUCGGGCGUCACAGGUGUCGAAAAAAUGGCGACAGCUGAUCAAUCAGGAGGAAAAGGUGUGGAAAGAAAUGUUCGACGUGGAUGGUUUCCAGCUCGCCGAAGGUGAAAUGCAGAUCGCCAUUGCGGAGGGCUGGGGUUGGCAAGAUCCCAGUGGAGGCAACGGGUACGAACGAGACAUCAGCAUGCUCUCAGGCAUGAAGUCUGAGACAGAAGGUAAUGCUUCCUCUCCGCAGUCUUCCAAUGCACAGGGAGGUAUCACGGGGCUACUACGUCGCUCCAAGCGAAAAGCCGCGACUAUGCUUUCUAAUCGCAACAAGCCUGCUAAGAAGCGGCGCAUUUCGUCUCGAGAGACAUCGGUUGACAUCAGUUCGAUCAACUGGAUGGAGCAGAUGACCACGGCCGAGGGUCCAUACAAUGCCGCAAAAGCAGCAGCACUAGCUGUCUCAUACCCGCAGGUUGGGAUACCCUCUCUCGACUCGAUGCAUCUGUACAAGUCUCUUUAUCGACGGCACUACCUAAUCCGCAAAAACUGGAUGUGCGAGGACACAAAGCCACGCCACAUAGCCUUUCGUGCACAUGAUACGCACGUCGUAACAUGUCUACAAUUCGAUACCGAGAAGAUACUGACAGGUAGCGACGACAACAACAUCAAUGUUUACGAUACCCAGACCGGAGCAUUGAGAGCAAAAUUGAUCGGCCAUGAAGGGGGCGUCUGGGCGCUGCAAUAUGAAGGAAACACGCUUGUUUCCGGCUCGACUGACAGAUCAGUACGUGUCUGGGACAUCAAGAAAGGCGAACAGCGACAAGUCUUCCGAGGCCACACAUCGACCGUGCGGUGUCUGCAAGUUGUGACGCCUGUGGAGACGGGCAAGAAUGCAGAAGGGAAGCCUAUCAUGACCCCCCGUCAACCACUGAUCAUCACUGGUUCGCGCGACUCUACUCUACGGGUAUGGAAGCUGCCACGACCGGAGGAUCCUCUGUUCAUCCAGGAUGAGAACGACAACGACGUUGACGACUGUCCGUAUUUCGUCCGGACCCUCACUGGUCACCAACACUCGGUACGAGCAAUUGCAGCAUAUGCGGACACUCUGGUCAGCGGAAGUUAUGACUGUACGGUUCGUGUUUGGAAAAUCUCCACUGGGGAGACGGUUCACCGCCUGCAAGGUCACACGCAGAAGGUGUACAGCGUGGUCCUUGACCACGAGCGUAACAGGUGCAUUAGUGGAUCUAUGGACAACAUGGUACGAAUCUGGUCGCUCGAUACUGGCACUCCGAUCUACGCACUCGAGGGACAUACAUCGUUAGUUGGGUUACUUGACCUCAGCUGUGAUCGUCUCGUGUCUGCGGCUGCGGAUUCAACACUGCGAAUCUGGGACCCCGACAACGGUCAGUGCAAGGCUACCUUAAGUGCUCACACGGGCGCCAUUACCUGUUUUCAGCACGAUGACCAGAAGGUGAUCUCUGGCAGUGACCGAACGCUCAAGCUGUGGAACAUCAAGACCGGUGAUUGUGUCAAAGACCUGUUGAGUGACCUUAGUGGAGUUUGGCAAGUCAAGUUCAAUGAGCGCAGAUGCGUUGCAGCUGUGCAACGCGACGGGGUGACCUUUAUCGAGAUUCUCGAUUUUGGUGCAGCACGAGAUGGAAUCCCGGAAACUAAACGAGGGCGCCGCAUAGUUGUCGAUUUCAAGGGCAACGAAAUGAAUGAUGAUGAGGAACGAUUUCUCGAAUUGGACGGCGCGAACGAGACUUGA